AUGGAUCUUGCUUUCAAUUUCCAAACUAUUUCUGCAAUAUUAGCUUUAUUGAUUGUAUAUACUGUUUUUAGGUCCAUUACAUCAAAUAAUGGACCUAAAGAAAUCAAGGGUAGCUCCAAGUAUAACAAAGUGCCUGAACCAUGUGGUGCUUUGCCUUUCAUAGGUCACCUCCAUCUUCUAAAUGCUAAUGAACCAUAUUUUAGGACCUUUUCAGCUAUGGCUGAGAAAUAUGGUUCAAUCUUCUCCCUCAGGCUUGGUUGCCACAACACCUUAGUUGUGAGUAACAGGGAAAUUGCCAAAGAAUGCCUCAUAACAAAUGACAAAGCUUUUGCUUCAAGGCCAAACAUAGCUGCAGGGAGAUACAUGGGUUACAACAAUGCCAUUUUGGGUCUUGCCCCUUAUGGAAAAUACUGGCGUGACAUGAGAAAAAUUGCCACCCUUGAGAUUCUUUCAAGUCACAGGCUUGAAAAGCUUAAGCAUGUUAGAGACAGAGAAAUAUUUUCUCUUGUCAAAGAUCUGUACAACUCAUUAUCAUUGGCAAAGAAUAUGAGUAAUUCAAUUGAAGUUCCAAUAAGCAAUUUUUUGGAACACAUGACAUUUAAUUAUAUUGUGCAGAUGAUAGCAGGGAAGCGAUUUAGUGCUGAGACCAUACGGCAAGGAGAUAGUGAGGCAUGGAGAUUAAGGAGGGCUAUCAAAGAUUUUACAUAUCUCAGUGGUGUUUUUGUGAUGGCUGAUGCUAUUCCUUACCUUAGUUGGUUUGAUUUUCAAGGGCAUGUGAGUUUCAUGAAGAGGACUUUUAAGGAAAUAGACUUGAUUCUUGAUAAGUGGAUGAAUGAACAUGUGAGAAAGAGGGUUGAAGAUGGGAAUGGUGGAUGUGAAAAUGACUUCAUGGAUGUGUUGAUAUCGACGUUUGAAGAACAUGAUGUGUUUUGUGGCCACAAGCGGGAGAUAGUGAUAAAAGCAACAGCACUGUUUCUUAUCCUUACGGCCUCAGGAAGCACAGCCAUAACACUAACAUGGGCACUUUCCUUGCUCCUAAACCAUCCAAGUGUCCUGAAGGCUGCACAACAAGAGCUAGACAACAAAAUUGGAAAAGACAAAUGGGUUCAGGAAUGUGACAUCAAAGACCUCAAUUAUUUACAAGCCAUUAUCAAAGAGACCCUUCGUCUAUACCCAGCAGCACCCUUAACAGGAAUAAGGGAAGCCAUUGAUGAUUGCAAUGUGGCAGGUUACCAUGUCCCAAAAGGCACUCGUUUGUUUGUUAACCUAUGGAAGCUACAGAGAGACCCAAAAAUAUGGUCCAACCCUGAUGAGUUUCAACCUGAGAGGUUCCUCACCACUCAUGUAGACCUUGAUUUCCAGAGUCAGAACUUUGAGUUUAUACCAUUUAGCUUUGGAAGAAGAUCAUGUCCUGGCAUGACAUUUGGGCUGCAAGUGGUUCACUUGACUCUGGCUCGGUUGCUUCAAGGGUUUGAUAUAUACACAAAAUCAGGUGUUCCAGUUGAUAUGAAAGAAGGUUUAGGAGUGGCCAUGCCUAAGGAAAACACACUUAAAGUUAUUCUCCAACCACGUCUUCCAAUGGAGCUUUAUGAAAGUCUUUAAAUCAAGUGAGUAAAAAUUAAGUGGUCGAUCCAAUGGGGCUUAUUGUCUUAUUAAAAUUAGAAAUAAGUGGUACCACUGAGCAUGUAGGUCAACUGGAUUUACCGCUUUUGUUGUCUUGCCUAUCUCGACCGGAUCAAUCGAUGAACUGGGGGAGAAAUAUAAAAAAAUAAAAUAAAUAAAGAAGUUGUAGAAUAAAUGUAAUUGAGUUAUAUCUGUAUAAUUCUAGUGUGUGUAACACAAAGUUAGCGUCUGAGUGUUGAAAAAUUAUUCCUGGGAUGAAGCCAAAAAUAAUUUGCUCGCGUUUCUUGUUUCUCUAGUGGUUUAUGUUUUAAUGGUAAUAUAAUGUUUUAUUUUUAAAUAUA